UGAGUGACCCAAUUAUUGCAAUCAAGAAACCUUUAUUGUUGGCUAACCGACGUGGGGCUUCAACCCCAACCUUCUCUGCUGGAGUUCUGCUAACUUGAUACCAAAUGUCGCUGGUAGUGAACGAAGAUGAAACUGGGGAACCUCAGAAUUAUUGCUGACUUAUUUUAAAACUCUGGCUGAACCAGCUCCACCAGAGAGGGGAGGAGUGGAGGAAACUGAAGCGAAGGAUUUAAAAUGAUUCAGAUGAGUGUCCAUCUUCAACUCGUGGGUUGGCAAACCUGAACAGUCACCUUUGGGGGGGGGGGGGGAGGGAGGUGGAAACGUCGAUUGGUUCGGAAGACGAGAGUUUGUGGGAAGAGGAGAAGGUCGUGCUUUUUUCUUCUUAUUUGUCUCUGAUUUUAACCAUGGGACAGAGAGUUACUGUUGGGCUAAAGACAGUUGACGUGAGAGAUCCUUCUUACAGACCUCUGAGGCACGAACAGCAGGGGCUUGACUACUGCAAGCCCGCCCGACUGGACAUGUUACUGGACAUGCCUUCGGUCACUUGCUCUGUCCAGCAGCUACACUCGUGGAACAACGACGACCGAUCGCUCAACGUCUUUGUCAAAGAGGAUGACAGACUGAUAUUUCACAGGCACCCAGUGGCACAGAGCACAGACGGGAUCCGGGGUAAAGUGGGCUACACUAGAGGACUGCACGUGUGGGAGAUCACCUGGGCGAUGAGGCAGCGCGGCACACACGCCGUGGUCGGAGUGGCCACGAUAGACUCCCCUUUGCAUUCCGUAGGGUACACGGCACUUGUCGGGAGCAACUGUGAGUCCUGGGGCUGGGACCUCGGGCGUAACAAACUCUACCACGAUGGGAAGAACCAGCCAAGCCAGACCUACCCGGCUUUUCUCGAGCCUCACGAAACUUUUAUAGUACCCGAUGGCUUCCUUGUGGUGUUGGACAUGGAUGAAGGGACCCUGAGCUACAUCGUGGACGGGCAUUACUUGGGAGUUGCGUUUCGGGGACUUAAAGGGAAAAAACUUUAUCCCGUGGUCAGUGCUGUUUGGGGGCACUGUGAAAUCCGAAUGUGCUACAUUAAUGGACUUGACCCUGAACCAUUGCCUUUAAUGGAUCUCUGUCGUCGUUCAGUUCGGGUGGCUUUAGGCAAGGAUCGCUUGAAUGAAAUCCAGUCACUACCACUACCGGGUUCUCUGAAGAAUUACCUUCUAUACCAGUGACUGCUGCAUAAACUAAUAGACUGAAGCCCUGAUGCACCCAUAGAACUGAGAAGGUUAUUCAAUCUGCUUCUCCAUCUGCCUGAUGUGCGAUGGACAAUUGUUUCGAGCUCUGAUCUUUCUUUCUCCACACUCUCACGCUCGCUCUUGCUCUCUCCCUCUCUCCGAAGCAGGGGUUUGCUCCCCUGAACUUCACGUUCUGGUUGUGUGAGUGAUACAGACAAAGAUGUUAUGAAGGGUUUAGCUUGCUGGGAAAGUGAGGCAGUUCUAUAUCGACUACCAGUGAUUUCACUCAAAGCAGAAAGUGGGUUGAUUUAAUCCACGGGAGGGUUUCCAGGGAACUGCUCCACUCAUGGGUUUGGCAGGAGUGGAGUUGUUUUUUUUUUAACUUGAGUGACAGCCUUUCUUUCCAACCUAUAAAUCUGUAAAGAGGAGGGAAUUCUGACAUUGCUACUCAAUGCGGAAUUGCUUGAGGGGUAUCCAUUGAACUUUCAAGUGGAAUCUGUGGCUAAGUGUUGCGGAAACAAUUCAGAUUCAGGAGGGUAAAUGAACCGAUUCUUUUAAAAUUAAUAUUUAAAUAAAGUAAAUAUCUGGAAAACAACGAUGAGUUUUAAGGUUUUAAGAUCCCAUGAGAGUUUCUGAAUUGGUGCCUCAUAUUUACUGUUGACUUUUCUCUCUGCAAAGCUCUUGACUUGUCGUUGGAAGCUCUCAUCCAAAAAAAAAAAGAGAUCUUAACAGGUAAGCGAGAUGUCAAACCUCAUGUCGAAGCACCUGUUCAGAUCAGAAUCAUAUUUUUUCAUUGUAUGGGGCCAGAACCCAAUACCAUUAACCCCUUUGUCACCAAUGGAAUCCAUGAGGGUGUUGCUAUGGGCCAGUUAGGUUUUGCUGUUUGAAAGGAACGCUGACUCUUAACCAAAACACUUGAUCAAACCUGUAUUAGCUGGGGCUGGUGGGCAUCGCAACUCAACUUAAUUUCGCAAGGGAACACGUCUGUGUAAGCAACUGCAACUGAGGGAAGAAAUUGUAUCCCGAUUUAUACCUCUCGUGGUGCAGAAACGAUUGUGUUUUUUUUUUAAAAUGUGCAAUAUAUGGAAAAAUUGUUUUUUUU